AACCUUUGGAGCUGGUCACAUGAUUCGGGAUCGAAGGGGGAGAGAAACAGCGCACAGUAGGGGAGCAGAAGACUGGGGCACAAACCAUGAAGAAGAAGGUCCUCCUAAUGGGAAAGAGCGGGUCGGGGAAGACCAGUAUGCGCUCCAUCAUAUUCGCCAACUACAUCGCCAGAGACACGCGGAGACUAGGAGCAACAAUUGAUGUGGAGCAUUCCCACGUCCGUUUCCUCGGCAACCUCGUCCUCAACCUGUGGGACUGUGGAGGGUAAGUAUUGUUUGUUCAUUUUGGGAACUGAAAUCGCUGCGGUAGGGGGUGUAAUGGCCGUCGUAUGUUUGAUUCACAGGCAGGAGAUCUUUAUGGAGAACUACUUUACGACUCAGCGAGACAAUGUGUUUCGGAAUGUGGAGGUCCUCAUAUAUGUCUUUGAUGUUGAGAGUAGAGAGGUGGAGAAGGACAUGCACUACUACCAGUCAUGUCUAGAGGCCAUUCUUCAGAAUUCUCCUGGUGCAAAGGUGUUCUGUCUGAUCCACAAGAUGGACCUAAUCCCAGAAGACCAGCGGAAAAUGAUAUUUGACAAGCGUGAGGCAGAGCUGAUGAAGCGGUCCCUACCUCUAGAGUGUACCUGCUUCAAGACAUCAAUAUGGGACGAAACCCUCUACAAGGCAUGGUCAAACAUUGUUCACCUACUGAUACCAAAUGUCCAUCAGCUAGAGUCCAGUCUCAGUAACUUUGCCACAAUCCUCGAUGCAGACGAAGUGCUUCUCUUUGAGCGAGCCACUUUCCUAGUGAUAGCCCACUCAGUGAAGAGACCGCACACAGACAUCCAUCGCUUCGAGAAGAUAAGCAACAUUGUCAAACAGUUCAAACUGAGCUGCAGCAAACUACAGGCACAGUUUCAGAGCAUGGAAGUUCGCAACUCAUGUUUUGCGGCGUUCAUCGAUUUCUUCACCCCCAACACAUACGUCAUGGUCAUAAUGUCCGACCCCACCAUACCGUCCGCAGCUACACUGGUGAACAUCAGAAAUGCCAGAAAACACUUCGAGAAGAUCGAGCGGCUAGAGUCCGGACUCCCAGUACCGACGACGGCACCAAGAAUCUAAGUCUCACCUCACACACUCUGUCUGAUCACAUAGGAUGAAAUGAUACACUCAACAAACACAGUUCCUUAUUGUUCAUAAUAUUUGAUGUUUGUAACUUUUUGUUGAUGAUAAUUAUGAUGAAACAUUACAUACAAGUUGGUUGUGUUUAUUAUCAAUCAAGCUUGUCUCUGUUUGUGACGCGGCUUUUUGGAGCAAACAACCCUCAGCCGUGCUUUCCGUCUCACGAACCGACAGCCUGAGCAGAGCAGCCUCAGCGAAGAUCUGUCUUUAUAGCCUCUCACCGACGCCGGGGGUGCAAUUCGCGGGGACAUAAUUCCGCUGAAUAGAGAGUGAAGGGGUCCAUUAUAUAGAGACCAGCGUCCAGUGCUAAGAGUAGCCCUCUGGACGAGGUAAGAGGCGCAGAGUCUUUGGAUACUAGUAAACGCCAUUUGCUUCGGGUCAAAGGUCAGGUUUUAUCGUUUAACCCCUUAGCCCUUGAAUUGUUGUAACGGGAAAAAUUGUGAGCGGUGCAAACCGCUUUUGGCCGAUCGUGGACACUGGAAUUGGGGAUCUCCUUCCAGCAAUUGAGACCUCCGCCGCGUGUGCAUGCAGGAGUCCUUUUCGGCGUGUCUGCAGCCCGGAAAAUACGCAGCGACGAGUGGGCUCUAUUUGGAGUAACCUUUGCACGUGAGCGCGCUGAGGCGAGGGCGGGGGCCUGGCCAGCUUUAUGGGUCUCUCGAAGGAGCAAGUCGAGAAGCACAUAGCAGGCAUCCAGAAGCGACUAUCAAGUGCACAAGAGAGAGCUCACCAUGGCUAUGAGUUUGCCAGACUGUGCGUGGAGGUCAAAAAAUACCAGGAUGCCAUUCGCUAUCUCCAGGACUACUUGUCAGUACAAGGGAAGGAUUCCAGAGCCCACAAGUUGAUGGGUCAGGCAUGUGAGAGAGAGGGUCUCCUCGAGAAGGCAGUUGUUCAUUACAACAGGUCUCUGGUGUUGAGGGAAGAUCAGAGAGAGGUGGCUAUAUCAGUGGCAAAGUUGUACUGCAAGAUUGAAAAUCCCACUCCUGAAGCACUGAAGUCCUCUCUUGAGAGGAUUGAGGGCUACAGCAACGUACACUCUCUGGUUCUCUCUCUCACUGAGAAGAUGAGUACCAUUCAGGGAGGUAGUGAUCCAGAUUUAGCCACGAAGCUUGCCGAACAACAGUUGUCUCGGUGUAAGGAUGAUGUAGCAGCCCACAUUCACUUAGUCAACCACUACAACUCUUCAGGUGAGUCAGAGAAAGCCUUGGGUCACUGUCUGUCUCAGAGAGAGAGGAAACUCUUCACGGACAGCAAAGAGUGGUUGACUUGUACUCUUCACGUAGCAGAGCACCACUAUGCUGCAGUAAAGGGGGAGUCAGUGCAGGACUACGAUGCACAGUGUCGCGUGCUCGUCGCGGUACUGGAUCACCUGUCCCUCCUCUUCCACACUUCGCGGGCAUCUGGCUCGCUCAUGGCGUCUGUCUUACUCAAGUACGACAAGGUGUUGUUUGCAGCGUUGCAAGCCCUGAAGGCCCAACACCCGCACGUCAAUCCAGUUCAUCGUGUGGCUCUGAGGGAACUCUGUGGCCAGUUCUACCUCCUCCUGGCCAGCUACAUGUACUGGAGCCACAGGUUCAAGGUCUCCUUCACUGCCUCUCACGCUGUGAAAUAUGCCCAAGUUGGGAAUCUCUGUCUGCUGGCGGCUCUUUCGUUCCCCCCGCCAAACCUCGACUCCGUUCCACUUGUCGGUGGCAUGGAACAGAGACGGGAACUGGAGGCGUGGCACACUCGGUCCUGCGGUCGUCUCUGUGUGGUCAGUAGACAGCUGCUCCUAGUGUCCAGAGUAAAGGGAGACAUCUAUCUCGGAGGAUUGGCCAAGAUCAUUGAGGGGCAAGGGGGAAAGCUGGCCAUUAUAAAGACUCUUUUCACAGAGAAUGAGGAUCUAAGGGGAGUUAGAGUGGGGUUUGCGUCGUCACCCAUCACAUACAACAUCAGAAGAUCGUACAUCGCUGCAGAGUCUGAGCAUCUACUGGCUUCAACCCCCGCCAUCCCUCUCCCGUCAGAGGCUGAAGCUCUCGUGUGCGACAAGAUAUACUUCCUCAGUAACGGACAGGAUCUGCCUGCCCUACUGUGGCUGUGCGUCUGUCUUAGAGCCAUGGAUGUUACCACCUCAGUGUACCAGUGGCUGCAGAACAUGUUUUUUGGUCUGCGAGUUGAUCUGCCCGGCAGCUACAUCAACACGACAGCCCCAGAUACCCUCUCUCUGCCUGAUGUUGAGGCAAUGCUGGUUCUGUCAAUCCACACUCUCCAAUCGGUGCUCACCUCUGCCCCCUCACACCCUCCCUCCCUCCCCAACUCACUCCUCCACACACUACCCGUCACCAUGACAACCGAGUUCCAGGGAUCCGAUUUGUCGAAAUACUGUCAGUGGUGGUCCUAUGUUCACCAAUACAUCUCCCCAUCAGCCAGUGGAGGCAGUGCAGAUGUGAAGAGAGUCAUCAGCGAAGGGUUGGGCCUUGUUCGUGGUUGUCGUCCACUGCGACUCAAUCUCUCCCAACUCACCUCCCUCGCCAAACACUUCCAACAGAGGGCAGAGUCAGUGGUUGAAGCUAAUGAGAGUUCAGAUGGAAGAGAUAGAAGUGGUUCAUCUUCUUUAAUUGAGGACAUGCUCUGGAGAAGUGGUCAUUACUGGGAGAUUAUUGUCGCCAUCUUGACCGAGAUAGAGAGGGGGUCGAAAAUUCGCAGACCCCAGGUUCCCCACGAGGGGGGAGGCGGUGUGGUAUUGGUGACCUCCGGUGAACACAGCGGAGUGUCCCUCCUGAACGAGGCCCACAUGGCCCUUGGCGACGCAGCUGCCUACAGAAGAGACCUGGCCAAGGCUCUCGGUCUCUAUUCCAAGGUCAAGACUUCACUGGCAGCUUGGAACCAGGCCCAGAUCUAUCUUGUGAUGGCUCAGCAAGGCUCUUCUGGUGAGAUUGGCGAAACCAGUGGAGAGCUGAAGAAGAAGGCUGAAAAAUGCCUCGACCUAGCUCUGUCCCGACUGACUGCAACCGACAAAGAUUUGAAGGAGAAGAUCGAGGAGAAGCAGAAGGAGCUGAAGAAGAUGAUGUUGGAAGACGAGGAAUCUCGCAGGGACGUUGCCGUCUCUCUCACAUACGACUCAUCCCCAGAGACGAGUCUCCUCGUUCCUCGAAAAUCCUCCACGCCGGCUGCAUCGGGCAUACGGCAGUCUCGUCUCUCUCCUUUCUCCCCCGAUAAAAAGACUUCCUCACCGAUGGAUAGUCUGAGGGAAGAAAUGAAAGAAAAAGAUGCUCUCAUUACGUCUAUGAACGAGCAGCUCAAGAGUUUGCAGGCUGAAGUGUCGGCACUGAAGCUCUAUGUUUCCCCGGCUUCUGGCUACCUGUCUCCUCACCUCUCUCGCAGUUACCAGCACCUCAGUCCACAGGCAAUGAGCGGUGGUGUACCUCACCAGAUGGUGACUCCCAGCGGGGUCGCCAUGUACCCACCCCACCCCUCCUUCUCCUCCUCGUUCCGCUCCCCUCUCCUACAAUCACCAAUGGGAAUGAAUGUUCACCAGCAGCAGCAGAUGGUGUACCAAGCCUCGCCGCAGCCUCAACUCACUCCUCUUCCUCCUCACCUGUCUCCCGCUUCGAAUCCCGGGCUCUCAAUUUCGGGUACAGGGCCGCAAAUGUUUGGAGCUCAGCAGCAACUGGCGUCUGGUGUCAGCUAUAGAUCUGGAGGAAUAGGGGCUUCAAAUCUACAAGCAGGUGGAGUUGUUCAACCUAGUGGUGCGGUGUUGAGCGAACAACCAAUACCCACCGGACAAGUGGCAGCUGGUGCUGGGUAUAGGCUUGGGGGGACGCAGGUUUCUUACCUUCAACCAGGGACAAACGUGUUCCCUCCUGGUGGUACAACACUUGGUGGACACGCGGGGAACCGUGUGUUACCACUCGGUGGUUAUGUAUUCAAUGAACAGUCGAUACCUGGUGGUGGACAAGCUGCGAAUGGCGUUGGAUAUACAACUGGAGGAGUAGGUGCUUCAAAUCUUCAACCAGGUGGCGUGCUCCAUCCCAGUGACGCUGAACAGUUGAUACUUGCCGGACAAGCAGUUGGUGUUGGGUAUAGGCCCGCGACAAUGGGGCAUCAGCUAGGUCUUCAGUCAGGUGGCAUGCUCCCACCGGUUGGUGCCCCACUCGGUCAACAGACGGGAAGUCGUGUACCAACUCCCGGUGGAACUGUGUUCGGCCAACAGCCGAUGGUGACAGGGAACCAGAUGAUCCUCCCCAACCAACUGAGCUAUCAGAUGCAGCUGUUGCAGCGAGGGGCAAUGAACCAACAACCACCCCUCCAGUUAGUAGAUGUUCAACACCUCACCCAGCAACCGAGGACACCUGUUCUUACCUCAUCUGAACCAACCUCUCCUCCUUCCUCUCCUCCCCUCCCCACACACCCAGACCCAUCCACCACUGGGUUCGUCCUCAAGCCGGGGACUUUCCUUCCCGCUUCACCCGAACAUAAAUCAGUGAAAACAUCGCCUCCAUCCCCUCCAACCGCACAGUAUUCCCCGCCAAAAUCAGUAACUACUUUGCCUCCCACUGCAGCAACUUCUCUUCCUUCGUCUGCUCCCGUUACAACUAAACCUGGAGUUGGGAUAUUUGGUUCCGCAGUCCCGACACCAGCUACCAUUGGGACUAGUGUCCCAGAGUCGUCACCAUUUUCCUCCUCUCUCCCUUUCGGAGGAGGAGGGUUCCAGUUUUCAAUGAGACCACCUCUGACUAUUAAUGUUGAGCCUCCAUCGACUGCCGGUGUAAAGUCGGAAACACUGGCCUCACUACUGCAGAGUUCUACGCCUCAGACCGCUAGUGCCGACUUUCCCGACAGCUCCUUGUUUUCUCUGUCUUCUGGACUGCUCGGCAGCGUCGCUACGACAGCGACACCCGUCUCUUUGUCAUUCUAUGCCCCACCUACAACAACCGCAGCUGCCACACUGAGCCUCGGGUCACUAGGGACAUCAAUAAUUGGAACAACUUCCUCUCCAACUGCUGUGAAAACAACCGACGGUUCAGAGGCUGAAAAACGAAGCGACCACGAAUCGUUGUACGAUGCUAUGCCGGAUUUCAAACCGAUCGUUUCUCUCCCUCAACUCGAAGAAAUCAGCACCGGCGAAGAAGACGAAAGGGUCCUGUUUGCUAAUCGAGCAAAGCUCUAUCGUUACGACAGCUCCGCAAGUGCCUGGAAGGAGAGAGGAAUUGGAGAAAUCAAGAUUCUAGAGCACAAGACGAGCGGGAAAGCGAGAGUUCUGAUGCGUCGCGAUCAAAUCUUGAAACUCUGCUGCAACCACUUCAUCACCCCCGAGAUGACGCUCGCCCAGCUACAGGGGAACAACCAGCUGGCUUGGUACACUGCGUGCGAUUUCUCGGACGGCGAACCAAAACCGGAGAAACUGGCCAUCAAGUUCAAACAGGCGUUGGUUGUUGCCGAGUUUCGUAGGGUUUUUGAGAUGUGCGUCGAGAAAGCCAAGGGUCACAAGGAGGAGAGUGGCGGUGACGAGGUUUCGAGCUCACCACCAGCUUCUGCUGAGGUCUCGCUGAGGGAAAAGUUUUCAGCCCCCGUGGGUUCCUGGGAGUGCGACACCUGUCUGGUUCAAAACGAAGCGAGCGCCGUAAAAUGUAUGGCUUGUGCGACGGCUAAACCAGGACUGGAGACUGAGGCUGUAGCUGGAGACUCUGGUGCAUCUGCAGCGGCGAAAUUCUCUGGGCUGAAAUUCGGCGGGGACUCGAAAAGUGGUGUUUCUUCAUUUGGUGGUCCUGUGUCAUUCCCAGGGUCACUGGGCACUGCCAGUGGAGGGUUCAGUAUGGGCAGUCUCAGUCUUGGAUCAAUGUUGAAUGCUAAAUCAGCCAACAGUGGUGGGUCAGGUGCACCGUCAGCUACCGCUAGCAGUUCCACUGGCAGCAGUGGAAGGUUCAUGUUCAGUGGUUCUCUAUUUAGUGCCCACUCCACCUCUGCAUCAGACAGUGGUGGAUUUAAAUGCACAUUUGGAGCCUCUGCCACUUCUACUGCAGCUAAUAGUGCAGCCACAGCUGAUAAAACCAAGACUACCAGUACUACAUCUGGAACUGAAGGAGGGGGUUUCAAUUUUUCAUUACCCUCAACCACCGAAGCUAAAACCGAUGCCGCCAAGACAAGUGACACCAUCGGCAAGUUUUCCUUUAGUGUCCCUUCUACCACAUCGACUGCUCAGCCUCCACUGUUUGGCAGCAGCGAGGGUUUCAAUUUCAGUCUCCCACCAGUAGCUCCAACAUCCACAGAGUCUAAGACUGAAACAGUUCUGAGUGGAUCACCGACUGAGCAACAAGAGGGGGUCCUCAAACUAGAGCCGCGCGCAUCGCCCCCACCCAAAAGUUGUACCGCAGGUCUACACUUUGCCUCUAUCUUCAAUACCUCUUCCUCGAAACCAUUCCAGUUUAGUCUGUCGCUUGACGCGCCGAAUAUUCCCUCGCCGACCGAGCAACAACCAAGCGAUGAUUUGAACACCUCUGCACACGAACCGGACAUCCAUUUCGAGCCCAUCGUCACCCUACCAGAGGCAGUGGAGAUCAGCAGUGGGGAAGAAAACGAGGAGGCCGUGUUUGCCGAGCGGGCAAAACUCUUCCGUUUCGACUCGGGCGUGGAUCAGUGGAAGGAGAGGGGAGUAGGGGAGAUGAAGAUUCUCGUAAACCGACAGGCCGGGAAGGCGAGGGUGCUCAUGCGUCGUGACCAAGUCCUCAAAAUCUGCUGCAAUCACGUCAUCACGAGGUCAAUGACCCUUACUGCCAUGCCGGGCAGCAACAAAGCCUGGACCUGGUUCACUCCUGGAGACUUUUCAGAGGAAGCCGAGAAACCGGAGAAUUUUGCCAUCAGAUUCAAAUCUCCCGCCUUAGCCAGCACCUUCAAGAAAGCCUUUGAAGAAGCAGUGAGUUCAGCCGGUACAGCUAGCAAGACAACUGCAAAGGUAUCGAGUCAAAAAGAAGAGAAAGGAGAGAAUGUGCAGCAAGAGUCUGGUGAAGAUAGCAAAGCAGCCGAAGCGAGUUCGUCAAAAGCUCUUGAUUUCGCAGCGAGAUUUGCUCCCGCCCAAGACUCCUGGGACUGUGAAGAGUGCUACAUCACCAACAGGAAGGAGGACAUGAAAUGCUGCGCUUGUGGAAAAUCAAAACCGGGCGCUCCUCACCAAUCGUCCUUACCCACACCAAAACUAAUCCCCUUCGCGUCAAACUCUGGGGCACACGUCACUCAAUCGCAACAGGGGACAAGUCUUUUUGGUGCACGGCUGCAACUCACUCCACGUCAUUUCACACGAAACGAAUCGCCGGACGAUGAAGACGAUGCUGACGAUUGUUCGUCCUCUUCUUGCUCUCCCUCUCCCCGACUCUCUCCCGGACGAGUGAGUUUCAAACAAGCAGUUGAGCCUCGCGAAGAGAGUGAAGAUGACGUGGUAAUCAUUUCCGUCGAACUCCCCAGCGAAGAGAAAGUAAAAUUUGCCGAAAGUUUGCUGCUUCCGCCGUCGUUUUUCAACUACGAGGCUCUCCCGGCAUGCCCUGGGUGUCGUGGAUGCGUUGAUCUCCUUACAGGCCACUACGAACGUGCUUCUGGCUCUGAGGGUGAUGGAGAAACCAGGACCGGGACUCAAAUUUCUGCUGCAAAACUACCAACGACUGAAGAAAGUAGUGAAAACCUGAAAGAAGCGAUAGAGAUACGUUUGACGCAAGCGGUCACUCCGGAAGAUGACGAACAAAGCUCGGUGCAGCCGCACACCCCACCAACGUCUCCUCCACCUCUGUCUGCUGCGGAUGAAAGAGAGCCUGUGCAGCCACACACCCCACCAACGUCUCCUCCACCUCUGUCUGCUGCAGAGCCUAAGUUAGAGGUACACACGAUGUUUGGAGCUCCAUCGACUACACCAUCAGCUUCCCUCUCCUUUGCCGAUCUUGCCGGCAGUGGAGCUGGUUUUCUCGACCAGAGAGAGGAAGGUUUUAAAUUCAGCGGCGUCGGGCAGAAGCUCUUUACGUCUCGCGACGAACAAGACGACCCGGAAGUAGAAGUCAAUGUUCACUUCAAACCAGUGGUGACCUUACCAGAGAGUGUAAAGGUCAAAUCCUGGGACGACGACGCUGAAGUUUUGUUCUCGCAGAGAACCAAGCUCUAUCGAUUCGACGAGGAAGGAAAGUGGAAAGAGAGGGGACGCGGAGAACUGAAAAUCCUCAGACAUCAAGAAACGGGGAAAGUCAAACUUCUGAUGCGGAGGGAUCAAACGCUGAAAAUUUGCUGCAACCACGGCUUGACUCCGGACAUGAUUGUGACUCUCCUGGCAAACGACGAAAAGGCCUGCACUUGGUUCACAAAUGCCGAUUAUGCCGAAGAGGUCGUGUCUCACGAGAAGCUGUGUGCCAAGUUCAAGAACGUCAAGUGCAGAGAAGACUUUAUGAGCGUUUUCGAGAGGUUUAGAUGCGAGGCCACGGAAGGAGAGGGUGGAGGGGAGGAGGGGGAAGAGGAG